CAUAAUCCUCGUGUCUUCCUUCAUUUUAUCCAGAUUUCAUCUUCCCAACACCCUUUUGCCUCUGCUUCGUGAUUUCAUUAUCUACAUAUUCUACUCAUAGGAACAAUGUCUGAGAAAGCUGAGAAUCUUCUGAACAACCUUGUGGAAACACUUGCUGAAAGUACCACAAAGCAGAAAUCUGUGUCAUUUUUUGGGGAAGAGAAGUCGGAGUCGGUCUCUUCUCAGUUUAAUAGGCUUUUCGGACGCCAGAAGCCUGUUCACCAUCUUUUGGGCGGUGGAAAAUCUGCUGAUUUGUUGUUAUGGAGGAACAAGAAAAUAUCCGCUAGUGUCUUAACCAGUGCAACCAUUAUCUGGGUGAUCUUUGAAUGGCUCAACUAUAAUUUUCUUACUAUCAUGGGCUUCGUUCUGGUUCUUGGUAUGCUUGCUCAAUUUAUUUGGUCAAAUGCUGCAGGCGUCCUCAACGGGUCGCCUUCUUCAGUUCCGCGUCUUAAACUGCCAAAGGAUUUAUUUGUCGACAUUGCCCUCUAUUUUGGUAGUGAGAUCAAUAGAGAAUUGGAUUAUCUUCAGAAUAUUUCAUGUGGAGGGAAUCUGAAGCAGCUUCUUGUGGUUAUAGCGGGCUUAUGGGCUGCUGCAGUGCUUGGAAGCUGGUGCAAUUUUCUUACUGUAGCGUACAUUGGCUUUGUUGCUGCCCACACAUUACCAGUUCUGUAUGAGAAGUAUGAUGAUCAGAUUGACAACUUUGUAUACCAAGUCCUCGACCAACUUCGCAAUCACUACCAGAAGCUGGACACCAGUGUUCUCAGCAAGAUCCCGAAAGGAAAGCUCAAGGGAAAAAAGCAUGAAUAGAUUCAUCUUGUCACAUGAGUAAUUUUGCUCCAUAUCUUUUGUCCAAUGUUGCUAUUAAACUUAAAUGGUCCAUUUCAUGCAUUUUUUUUUUCACCAUUGUUAAGAAUAUCGUUUAUGUUCAUAGAUUUAUCUGUAGUUCCGUUAUCUUGUUUGUGCAUACCUAUGUUAUUGUGAAAA